UUAGUCGUGUUGACUCGGACCCGUUGGGUAUGCGUCGUCUGAAUUUGGCUCGACUGAUUGCACUCUAUACACGCAAGUUUGAAGCCUCGUUUCCAGACGAGGCACUCGUCUAUUUCCAUUUCCUAUCGGACAUUCCUACGGAAGUCCAGAUCCCCGCGGACACAGACUCGAAUACAAACGCUUCGCUUGGAUCUCCGUCCACUCGGAACUUGUUCGUGCAUUUUGUCGCGGAACUAGCCCUCUCCACUCGGGCGCCCGGUACAAUCGCGCGUUAUUGUCGAAGCGCUGAAGAACUCCAGGAAGUCAUUGGUGCGGUGGCCAGCGUUGUCGAAUCCCGUGGGCAGUUGUUGGAUGCUGUUGCACUGUACCAAUUAGCGGCCAACUGUUCUGGAUCACGUGCACAACAUUAUUAUCAAACCGCCGUGGGUAUUAUGAACUAUUUCUUGACCGAUUUGGUCGCCCCAGACACCGCUGGAACUGUUUCACAGACGUUUACUCGCGCUAUCGGACGUCCAGACAGAGGUGAAGUGUUACGUAUGGCCAGCCAGGUAAGUGAUCACCCAAUCCGACUGGUGGUAGCGUUAGAUCGGUGGGUGCGUGGUUUUAUACCGAAUUAA